CGUUCUUCCUGCUUUUCAAAACCCCCCCCCCCAAAAAAAUAUAUACCCAUUAUUAUAAUUAUCCGAGGAUGGGGAAAUUCACCUUCAGCACGUUGAUGGGUGUCGAUCCCUCGCUCGACCAACGUCACCACUUCGAGACCUCCUGGCUUCUGCCUCCCCUUGCGUUCGCUUUUCUCCGCGGUCUCGUCGCGCUCUACAUCUUCGUCACCAAUUUCUUCAUCUGGGGCUGGAACGGCACCCACGGCGAUCGCGAUGCCAUCGGCCAGAGCUUCAGCUUCUUCACCUGGCUGACCUACUGGGGCCUGGGCUUCUACUCCCUGGUCGCCUGCGUCCAUACGGCCUGCUAUGCCCUCACCGGCCGUUCGGUCCUGUUCAACGCCUGGCCACGAGGCCUACGCGCCCUCCAUAGCUUGUUCUACACCACCGUCACCACCUACCCUUUCCUGGUGACCAUCGUCUUCUGGGCGAUCCUGUACUCCGGGCCAUGGUACAGCGCGACCUUCAACGGCUGGUCGAAUAUCUCCCAACACGGCCUGAACUCGCUCUUCGCCCUCCUGGAAAUCAUCCUGCCGACCACAAACCCCCACCCGCUGCUCACUUUCCCCUUCCUGCUGCUCCUGCUGCUCCUGUACGUCUCGCUGGCCUACCUGACGUACCACACGCAGGGCUUCUACCUGUAUUCGUUCCUGAACCCCGGCGCGCACGGCGAGAAGAGCGGCCUCGUCGCCGGCUACUGCUUCGGCAUCUUGGCUGCCAUCCUGGUGAUUUUCGCCCUGUCGUGGGGCGCGAUCUGGCUGCGGAGGAGGCUCACGCGCGCGUCGGUGAAGCGCUCUCGGUAUGACCGCGAGCGCGGGAUGGAGAUGGAGGAGGUGGGCGUGUAGGUUUCAUAUCGACUCGCUGAUCUGUUGAUCCGGUGGUCCGUGAUUCAGUGGUCUGUGAUCCCAUGGUCCGUGCUGGAUAAUGGUUCAUGGACGCGUCUACCUGCUAUGCGCGGGCCCGUCCGGUGGUAGUAAUGAAUGUACGGGGUAUGGUGAACGCAGAGACUGUUCAUUCUGUGGAUGGUCAUGUUAUGUAUUAAUUACAAUGAUUAUGAAUGGAGAUGAGUGAUACGUUAUCCAAA